UUAAAUUAGUCGAUGAUGUGGGACAAAGUUUAGCGAAUAUUAGGAAUUUAGAUAAAAGAAAACAAAAUGAUAUAACAAAUGAAUGCCCUAAUAAAAAGGGAAGGACUCUAAAAAUACUAGAAGUAAAGCAUAAUGAACAAGUAUUGCCACUAGAUCAAAAGGAAAGGA